AUGAAAGGCACGCUGUGGGCUUCUCGGUUUUUGUAUCGGGCGCAACACUCGAAACGGCACCGGCACCGGGCGCCGGACAAAAGCGCCGCCCUCCGGCCGCCCUCCGGCCGCCCUCCGGCCGCCACUCCGGGCCGCCGCUGCGCCUGCCAAAGCGACUGCGAUUGUUCGAAUAACGCGAUCCGCGCCGCGGAGGCACGUACGGCCACUCGAACGGCUCUCUGCCCCUCGCACUUGUUGCCAUUCAAAACCACUCGUAUACGCACCGCCGCUCGGCCGUCUCCCGCGAAUUACGUGGAUUCCGAUUCGCCUCCGCUUCGCCACCACCGCCCCGUACUUUCGCCGACGCACCCUCCGGUUUGCAACUCGACACCUGAACAGAGCUUCGACCGCAAUACAUCA